CUCACACGAAAUGGGCGCAUGAAUACCUGAAAGAAACAGUAAACACGGCUGGCUAGCUAGGUAUUUUGUUUAUAGUUUUUCCCCCCUAGUUAUUUAACCACAUUGUUCAAAUGUUAAUAUUGCUUUAGCUUCAACCAAUCGAAAGUGAAAACAACUUAACUAUUCUUCAACCGACUUGCAAAUUCAGAAGACUGAUAUCGCAGAUCUAUGUUCAUGUUAGCUAGCUAGCUUGCUGCUAGUUUCGAACGGUCGGGGUUUCGAGCAUACUGCUACUAGCUAGUCAGCGUGCUUGUGUAGCUAUGACUCAUGAACUAGCUAGCUAGUAUACAGUAUAUAGCUAGACCUUAGGUAGCUAUACCAUUUGUCACGUGAUGUAUGUUUAUGUAAGUGUCGUGAUGGUAUCGGAGAGGAAUAUCAUAGGAAUUCAAUCUAGCUAACGUUAGUCACAUAAGAAGGGAAUUAUAGCUAAUGUUAUUCACUAGCUAGCUAACUAGCUAAUAACCUGGUAGUCUGUCACACUAGUACUACCACCAAUGUAGUUCGUGAUUUACAUUAUUCUUCUUGCUAGAUCUUCAGAUAGGCCUAAUAAAUGAUUAUAAAUGGAAUAAGUAUCUAGCAUGAUGUUGGGUGCAUGGGGUGUUAGCUAGCUAGUUUAGUUGGCUAGUUAUACAUAGAACUGUAGCUACAUGAUCAUGUUUAUUUUUCCCUUUCAUGUCUCAUCUCACCCAACCACAUCAGCAUGUGAAACGUCAUGGGAAGAGUGAGUAUUAGCUAGUAGUAGUGUGCCUAAUGUGAGAGACCAGGAAUAACCAGCAAUGGCUGAGGAUGGGGAGCUGAACCAAAUGGGGAGCCCCACCGGCUCAUCUGGUCAAUGUGGCCGCCAGACAUAUCGGAGUUGUGCCCAUUCCCGCAGCCUGUUGGAUGGGCUGCUUGGCCUGAGGCAGGGUGGCAUCCUGUUUGAUGUAGUGCUCCUGGUGGAGGGCAGGCCCAUUCAAGCCCAUCGCAUCCUCCUGGCUGCCGCAUGUGACUACUUCAGGUAGGCCUGUCUGCCUGGCACUUACCCCUUCGUUACUUUAAAUCUGAAAGACUUUAGUCAUUUCUCCCCUAGUCUCGCUUUGGGAAGAGGCUAUUACUCCCCUAACCCUGCCUGUGUUUUCUCCAGAGGGAUGUUUGCUGGAGGGCUCAGAGAGACACAGCUGACAGAGAUUCCAGUGCAUGGGGUGACCUACACUGCCAUGACCAAACUUCUGGACUUCAUCUACACAUCGGAGCUUGAGCUAGACCUGGACAACGUGCAGGAGGUCCUGGUUGCUGCCACUCUUGUACAGGUAUGUUAUUUUUUAAUGUGUCCUUUGGAUCAAAGUCAUAUGUCUUGGGCUGUAUCCCCCAGCUGACCUUUGCAUUUGAUCUUUUGUAGAUUGAGGAUGUUAUUGGCUUUUGCUGUGACUUCCUCUUUUCCUGGCUGGAUGACAGCAACAUCUUGGAAGUUGACAAGCUGGCUGACGUGUAUGGGCUGCAGCAGCUGGGGGCCAAGGUGCACUCCUACAUCCUGACGAACAUUCAGACGUUCUCUCGCACAGAGGUGUACCGCCAGCUUCCCCCAGAGAAGGUCCUCAGUGUGCUGAGCAGUGACGAGCUGGAGGUCAGCUCAGAGAACGAGGUGUACGAGGCAGCUUUGCACUACCACUACAGCCCAGAGCAGGUGGAGACAGACCAGGUGUCCCUCCAGGUAAGGCCAGCCGGUUAGUCAGCCACUCUCUUUGAGACAUUGGAGGCUGUUUGCCCGUGGUCUUGAUACUGCCGUACAUCAGAAGCAGUAAAAGAAUGCAUACCCUCCACUGGCCAUUUUGUAUUACAUGAAAAUUCAAUAACUUUGAAAGCUGUGUCACGUUUGACCACCAGGCUUGUAUAGAUACAUGGCUGGUGAAUGGCACCUUGAUAUCAGAGAUGAACAAACUCAGUUGGGCCUUUGUGUAGGGAUGUGUGGAACAGACUGUUCAGCACCAUUACUCAUUCUCCCUCUCUCUCUCUCACAGGACAAUCUGAGGAUGCUGGAGGCAGUGCGUUUCUGCCUCAUGGACAAACAGGUGUUGCAGAGACUGUUUGGGCGGCUGAAUCAGUGUCCGCUGAAGGACUUUGUGGCAGCUGCACUGCAUUACCACGAGCAGGAGCUUUGGCAGCCCAUCCUUCAGGGCCCCCUCACCCAGCCCCGUUCCAACUUCAACUGCAUCCUUGGCUUCGGGGGUAUGUUAUCCUCUAGCUCACUGACUGAGAGCGAAGAAUUGUUCCAGGUUUAUCACCCUAGCUGGGGUGAGUGGAGGACACUCGCGGCUGCUCAGGCCCCCCGCAUGUCCAACCAAGGUAUCGCCGUGCUGAACAACUUUGUCUAUCUGAUUGGGGGAGACAAAAACACCAGCGGCUUUCGUGCAGAGACUCGCUGCUGGAGGUGAGACCCAAUAGCAUAGACAGACCCACUCUAACAGAGUAUUGAUCUGAUCAUUAGGCCUGCUGUCAUGAUCUACUGUAUGGUUCUCUUAACUAUCUACCAUACAGAGCAGAAUGCGGUGUCUGACAAUGAAAGAAGCCACUGUAUAGACGUGAAACUAAAGAAAAUGGACAUGAAACAAGUUGUAAAUCAGGACUAUGUAUUCCUAUCAUAAAAGAGUAGGCUACAUGUAUAAAAACUGACUGGUGUCAGCUCAAAAUGUCAUCUGACUGAAAAGUUGUUGUGUUGCUCCAUCUGGUUGAGUUCCCAUGUAAUUGAAUUUGAACUCUAAUUUGCUCCAAAAAUCUGUUUACUGCUGACUUAAUUUCUCCUUGAACAGACAGAGAAGUCUUGUUUUUCUUUGGAUUGAAAUCACUGCAGUUGACAUCUUUGCAAUCAUUUUGCAUGACAAAUAUCCCACAAAAAAAUAACUUUCUAAAUAUCACUGUAAUUGCCAGUUAAUUAGCAUGUCCUCUUUUUGACAUUUGCCAUUAACUAAUGAAAAAUCGUGAUAUUUGAUCUCAAGCACUCAGUCUCCUCUUCACAGAUAUGACCCUCGCCACAACAUCUGGAGCUCUAUCAAGCCCCUGCAGCAGCAGCAUGCAGACCACUGUGUCUGUGUGCUGGACGGACACAUCUACGCUAUUGGGGGACGCGACUACAGCAUUGAACUGGAGUGUGUAGAGCGCUACGACCCACACACCAACACCUGGGAAUAUGUGGCAGCCCUCAGGAGAGAGGUAGGAUCACACGAUCGAUCAUGUCAUAAAGACAUAAUAAUGCCAAAGAUCAAAACCUCUCUUAAGUAUGUACUCACAUUGUCCACAAGAGGGUGUUAGAUAUUCACUGAUAUCUGUUUGUCAGUGUCUAUCAAAGUAUGGAGGGAGAAGGGAUUUCUGAGGAACCUUCCCUUGAGAUAAACAACAACAUAAACAACAAGUAGGACCAGUUCACCAUUUGUUAGAAUAAUCAAAUAAAUAUGGAUUUCCUCCCUGAAUCAGCUGUUCUUGAUAUUCCGGUGGCCAUUGUCCUGAUUUUUGAUGUUGUGCCGAUCCUGUCCCUGAAUACUAGUCUAGACUUCCCUCUAGGUGUAUGCACACGCCGGAGCAGUCUUGGAUGGCAAGAUGUACGUCACUUGUGGGCGGCGGGGAAUAGCAUACCUGAGGGAGACAUACUGUUAUGACCCCCAGCACAACCAGUGGGCAGCGUGUGCAGAGGGACCGGUGGAGCGGGCAUGGCAUGGCAUGGCUGCGGUCAAUGGACGAGUCUAUGUCAUUGGUGGCAGCAAUGAUGAGCGCGGGUACCGCCGAGAUGUUCUCAAGGUACCGUACCGCCACUUACCAAUGAUAUUCAAAGUGACUGAGCAACAGUUUGUAAUGCAACAAAGGCUUGAGGUGUAAGAUGUAAAGUAAUGUACUAAGUUACUGGCCUCUUUUCCAGGUGGCGUGCUACAGCCCAGCAGCUAACUCUUGGUCUGAGAUGAGUCCUCUACCAGCUGGUCAUGGGGAGCCCGGUGUGGCAGUACUCGGCAGCCUGAUCUACAUACUAGGUGGGCGCUCUCACGACAAGGGCAACCGUAUGAAAUACGUCCACGUGUAUAACACAGAGGCAGACCUCUGGGAGAGUGGGACAGCAUUCGAGGAGCGCAUCUCCGGCCUGGCAGCCUGCGUGGUGCUCCUCUCCCGUGCUGUGAUUGGUCAGGCCAAGAACUGGGAGCAGCGCACCAAGGCAUCUUGGGAGGACGUGGAUUUGGACAACUCUGAGGACUGACUGACGUGGUCCUGACUGUGGAGGAGGAGACUAGAGAGGUGUUCAGAGGUGGCGUUGAGCUGAAUCUGAGGGGAAUCUGUUAUUUGCUGAAUCUUUUAUUUUGCAUGCAAGGGUGAAGGAAUCCUUGUGGUAUUUCCCUAGCUUGUUUGAUACAGUGGUGAUGGGAGGGUAGUCUCUACCUGCAUGUUGACCACACUGAGUGCCUCUGAAGCAAAGUGUAAACCAAGGCCUUUUGCCUCUUUCUCUUGUGUUGUUGCUCCAACAUCAGUACUUCUGGAGGCCUUCUCCCGUCCUUGCAGCUUGCCCUCACUUUGACCUGAAGACGUUACUGCGUAUGUGUGCCAGAUUGACAGAUUAAGGUGACUUUACCACUUUGGUCUAUCACUGGUGUUCCCCUUUACUGUAUGCAGAGAGGAGAAGAAAGAAGGAUCCUAUUGUGAACACUUCCUCCACAAAAUCAUAUGUUUCACAGCUCUUCAACUUAACAUUACACCCAGUUCAAAUGAGGCACAAGGGUAUUCAUUGACUAUGCAAUAAUUUGAUGAGGAGGAGUACUCGAAAGUGAUCUCGGUUAACAAAAUCUAUAAUCUCAUGUUAUUUAGUUUGACAUUUUAGACCAAAUAAUAACCUUCCUUUUACAGUAUCAUUACAUGUAUAAUAUUUCAGUUGUUUAAUGUUGCACUUGUGAAGGAAACAGGCCAUUAAUUUGCCAGCUUGGAAACUGAAACUGUUUGUCUUGUUCUGUUGAGCCUGAUUCAUGGUUUAUGUUCCAAUGUUGGCCCUUAUAACCACUGGUUAUUACUAUGAUAUCAUGAGAAAGGCAAUAACUCAUCAUGCACUUUAAAUUAAUAAUGAUUAAUUUGUCUUAUUUCCACACUGUGCCUUGUUUUCUCUGUUACACCUAAGAAAGGGUUUCUUGUUUGGUUAGAAAUGGGCCUCUUCUAUCACAGUUUAUCAAAUUGUUGUUGAUGAAAGAAAAGUCACUAAUUGUUGUCAGUGGAUUUGAAUAAAGAUGUAGUAAACGUGAUCAUACUACAGUUGGUACACAUGAAAUCAUUCAGAAUAUUUUGCCCUGCAUCUCAGUAAUAAAAACAAGAUAAUAUUCUAAACCCCAAGACAGCUGUUUGCCUAUAUAUGUGACUUUUUACAGAGCA